UAGAGCCCUCCUGUAUAUGUAUAUGCAGGCAAAAAGCCUGGAAUAGAGUUUGAGCUGCCGUUAAUCGCGCAGGAUCUGUUCUAUUAGAAAAUAGGGGCAAGUAGCGCUUUUGCCUGUUGGAGGGUAUGACUUGCCAAGCGUUUGCUUCAUCUGACACCUUUGUACCCUUGAAUUCUGACUCUUCUCCCUCUCUGCCUCUGAUAAUGCAUCACAGCGCCGCAGAGUGCCUGCCGGUUUCUAACCAUGCCACCAAUGUUGUGUCUACAGGCCUUCAUUACUCUGUGCCUUCCUGUCAUUAUGGAAAUCAACCAUCUACCUAUGGGGUGAUGGCAGGCAUCAAACCUGCAACUCCAGAGAUGCUCUCAGCAAGUCUCUCCCAGAGUCGCAUCUUACAGACGUGCAGCAUGCCACAUCCCAAUGUGGUAAACGGUGUCAGCACCUUGCAAAGCAACCUGACCCCUUGCCUUUAUAAAUUCCCGGAGCAUGCCCUGAGCGCCAGCUCCUGUGCCCUGGGCCAUGGCUUCACGCCCAUGCACCAGUCCCUCCUCACAGACAAUCCCGCUGCCACAGACUUCAAGCAGGAGUUCCGCAGAAAAAGCAAGUCUGUCGAAGAGCCUGUCGACAUGGACUCUCCUGAAAUCAGGGAACUGGAGAAAUUUGCUAAUGAAUUUAAGCUGCGGAGAAUUAAGCUGGGUUAUACACAAACCAACGUUGGAGAAGCACUGGCUGCUGUACACGGCUCUGAAUUCAGCCAAACUACUAUUUGCCGGUUUGAAAACUUGCAGCUGAGUUUCAAGAACGCAUGCAAACUGAAAUCAAUACUGUCCAAGUGGCUGGAGGAAGCAGAACAAGUAGGAGCUUUAUACAAUGAAAAAGUUGGAGUGAAUGAGAGGAAGAGGAAGCGCAGAACCACCAUAAGCAUCGCUGCCAAAGAAGCCCUAGAGAGGCACUUUGGAGAACAAAGUAAGCCUUCUUCUCAGGAAAUUAUGAGGAUGGCUGAGGGGCUCAAUCUUGAGAAAGAAGUUGUGAGAGUUUGGUUUUGCAACAGAAGACAAAGGGAAAAAAGAGUGAAGACAAGUUUACAUCAGAACGCCUUUAGUUCUAUUAUCAAGGAGCAUCACGAAUGCCGGUAA